AUGGUCUACCAUCUCUUUGCCUCGCAUUGUCAAUCGAGGGUCAACUGUCUCAAUGUCAUUAGGACUCGCCAGAUCCAACGCUGUUCGUCUAGGGUCAGCAUCUUUCAUCCUGGACACUCGAUCGAUCAGUUCAGGCCGAUAAAAAACAGAUUAUACUGCAGAGCACCGCCUGUUCUCGAAACAUCUCGUGGUCAGAACACACUCAUUGCGAGCAUCUUCAACUCUGUUCUGAUACACGUAACUAGAAGGCGACCGUCUAGAAUCAAUCUCUGGCUGAAAGGCCCUUCAUCUGGAUCUUUCAACCCGGUUCGAUCGUACCUGUGUCGCCGACCACUUCUGUGGCUUCUUCUGUCGCUAUCUGGAGCAGGAAUUUACUCUCAUUUGUAUUCAAGUUUCAAUCCGCACUUCCAGCUCGAAUCAUCACCCGAUCUCAUUCCAGCCCUCGAUGUUGAAGUUGAACCCUUUCAUCGAUCAUGGUUUCAACGGCUAUUGGAUUCGAUAGACUACUAUCUCAUUGAACCUUUAGCCACAACACGACGGUUUCUCUUUCUCGUUACACUUUUCUUACCCCUCCUUCUUACUUCACCAAUCUUAUUGCUUGAGUUUGUUGAGCUUGGUCAUCCAGCAAAGCGACGGAAACGAAAACAGGAUGGAUCAUUAGUCACUGAACGCCGAACCACAACUUGGUGGUACCAUGUGCUAGUUCAUGCGAUGCAGCUUGCCGGUCCUACGUUUAUCAAACUUGCUCAAUGGGCCGGAUCACGUGCAGAUCUCUUUCCAAAGACUUUGUGUGAAAAUUUUGGAAGAUUGCAUUCGAAUGGAAGCCCUCACCCAAUGAGUCACACAAGAAAGGUCUUAGAAAAGGCGUUUGGGAAACCCUUUGAUGAGAUCUUUGUUUCUUUCGAUGAGACACCUUUGGGAAUCGGAGCUGUAGCUCAGGUUUACCGCGCAACCCUCAAACCCGAUUUACUCCCAUUGUCUUACCUUGAACCAAAACAUUCAGACGAUAAGCCAUCACUAACAGUAACUAACCUGUCACGAAAGCUCUCAGCAUCCAUGCCCCCAUCUAUCAAACCAUCGACAUCCGUAGCAAUCAAGAUCCUACACCCGCGAGUCUCCAAAACAAUCUCACGGGAUCUCAAGAUAAUGCGAUUUUUUGCAAAUAUCAUCAAUUUCUUCCCUGGUGCAGAAUGGUUGAGUUUCCCGGAAGAAGUUGAAGUCUUUGGUGACCUGAUGAAGAGUCAAAUCGAUUUGAGGCUUGAAGCCAACAAUCUGGAACGGUUUGAAAAGUUCUUCGAGUACAGGAAAACCGUCAGUUUUCCACGUCCAUUAAAAAGUUACAGUACGAAGGAAGUCUUGGUCGAAGAGUUUGAGGAUGCACUACCAUUGAAGUUGUUCUUAAAAGACGGUGGAGGUCCUUUUGAUCAUCGGAUCUCGGACAUCGGACUAGAUGCAUUUUUGCAUAUGCUUUUGAUCGACAACUUUGUUCAUGCUGAUCUUCAUCCCGGUAAUAUCAUGAUCAAAUUUUACAAACCCACAACCCAAUCUGUCCUCCGUUCAAUAUGGCGAAAAUACACAAACCAAGCUGAACCGGAUGCGGGAGAAGAAGAUGAAGAAUUAACCAGAGCAGUAGUGCACGAGUUGAAGAGUGUAUCACAUGAUCAUACAGAAUGGAUCAAGAAACUUGAAGCUCUAGAUCGUGAAGGAUAUCAAUUAGAAUUGAUCUUCAUCGAUUCCGGCCUUAUAACCUCUUUGUCUGAUACAAACCGAAAGAACUUUUUAGCGUUGUUUGAAGCUAUAGCCAAUUUCGAUGGAUAUCGGGCUGGAAAAUUAAUGGUUGAACGGUGUAGAACUCCAGACUUGGUAAUUGAUGAAGAAACCUUUGCACUUAAAAUUCAACACCUCGCUUUACAAGUCAAAUCACAGACUUUUAGUCUGUCGAAAAUUAAGAUUAGUGAUGUUUUGAUUUCAGUUUUACAUUCUGUACGAGAACAUCAUGUCAAAUUAGAGGCAGAUUUUAUCAAUACUAUUCUUUCGAUUUUGUUAUUAGAAGGGAUUGGAAGAAGAUUAAAUCCUGAUAUGGAUUUGUUUCAAAGUGCUAUCCCGAUUUUGAGGAGUUUGGGUAGUAUAGAAAGUAUUCGAGAGGGGGUCUCGACAAAAGGGAUUGGUAGUAUGCUCAAGCUUUGGUUCUGGCUUGAGGCUAGACAGAUGGCUGGGAUCGCUGUUAGUGAGGUCGAUUCAAUGCUCCGUUAUGAUCAAUUGAUGCCUAAUAUUUGA